AUGGAUUCGAAUGUGUUUGUAGUUGUACUAUAUGAUGGGGCUUGGGCAGUUGAAGGUUUCAACUGGAUUUUCAAUAAUCCCAAAAGUAAGAUGUUAAUGUUUGAGGUUGACACUACUUUAGAAAAGAUGAAUGAUAUUUUGUAUGAAGAAUUGGAUAUAGACCCUAUUGUGUAUGAACUGAAAAUAGAGGUGUGUUAUAUGUACAUGAAAGGCAAUAUGAUACCGCCAGAAGUUUUAGUGAAAGAUAGUCAAGUAAGAUUGUUCUUAAGAAUGAAGGCAAAAAUGAGUGUGGAGAACUUGCUGCCACUGUUUGUGACUAAGGUUAAAAGGCAUGCGCUUUUGGGGCCUACUCCGCCAACUGUCCUCCCAAGAAGUGUUGUUGGGAGUUUUGUCCCAGAAACAGAUCCAGCCGUAGGGAUGAAUGAGCAGGCCCCUACUAAUAUAGAGGAGGAUAAUAGGGUUGACUAUGGAUUUGACCAGUUCAAUGAGUUUGAUGGUGCAUUUUACAACAAUGAUCCUAUAGUAGAUUUGAACGAGGAUGGUGAUGCGGAGUUGGAAGUUCAUGAACCUAUAGAAGUACCUUCUUUAAGGUUAGAACUACCUCCACCAUCUCCACCACGUCCAAGGGAGCAAAGGAAAGACCAAGAAAGAAGAACCCCUCGGAGUGAAAAUCACGAAACACCAGGCACCAGGGAAAUAUAUGUUGGCAAGAUGUAUACAAAUAAGACUGAAUUGAAAAAUGUGGUUGGAAGGUUUGCAUUGAAAAUGAAUUUUGAGUUCAUGGUGAAGAAGUCUGGGACCGAUGUUUUUUAUGCAACUUGCAAGGGUUCAGAUUGCAAAUGGAGAGUGAGGGGUGGGAAGAGGGCACGUUGUGACAUGUUUGAGGUUACUGUAUUCCACAACGAACACACAUGUAGCCUGGAUUCUAGACAUGCUGAUAACCGUCAAGCAGCACCGUGGGUUGUUGGCCACCUCAUUAAGAACAAGUUCAAAUCAGAUGGAACUAAGUACAAAGCUAAAGACAUACAAAGGGAUAUGUUUCAGGAGUAUGGGAUCAAGAUGAGCUAUGAGAAGGCUUGGAGGUGCCGAGAGAAGGGACUUUUGUAUUCUAGGGGUACGCCAGCAGCAGCUUAUAGUCAGUUACCUGGUUACUUUUACGUGCUGGAACAGAAGAAUCCAGGUACUAUUACAGACAUUAUCACAGAGGAUAACAGGUUCAAGUACUGUUUCUGGUCACUGGCUGCUUGUAGGAGGGGAUUUAAGUUUUGUCGUCCUGUGAUUAGUAUCGACGGCACGUUCUUGAAGACAAGGUUUGGGGGCACAAUGCUAGUUGCUGUAGCGUACGAUGCAAAUAACCAACUGUUUCCGAUUGCCUUUGCAAUUGUUGACAGCGAGAAUCAUGACUCUUGGAAGUAUUUCUUGCAGAAGUUAAAGGAAGCGAUUGGGGAGGUUGAAAACUUAGUGUUUGUAUCGGAUAGGCAUCAAAGCAUUGAACAUGCUGUCGAGGUUAUUUUCCCCGAAGCAUGCCAUUGUGCAUGCUACAAACAUAUUUCUAUGAAUGUCACCCACAAGUUCAAGACUGAUGUGUGUAACACGCAAAUAUGGUUGGCCGCUUACGCAUGGUCGAAGAGGGAAUGUGAUAGACAUUUGCAGGUGCUCCGACAGAUGGAUCCUCCCAUCGCUGCUUAUGUUGACAAUAUAGGAUUAGAAAAAUGGGCUCGUCCUUAUUGUCUAGGAGACAGGUACAACAUCAUGACAAACAACGCUGCAGAAAGCCUUAACAACGUGACUGAAGAAUUCCGGGCAUAUCCAAUAACUACUCUAGUUGAGUUCAUAAGGUUCACACUACAAAAUUGGUUUGCUAACCGUCUUGAGAAGGCAAGUAAGUGUGUUACCCCUUUGGCAACUCAUUUUGAGGAAGAUUUGAUAAAGCAACACGAGGAUGGUAGACGUAGAAGUGUCCUACGUAACGGUGCACAAUUGUUUAAUGUUGGAAGAGGUGCUGACGGUUCUGACUUUGAAAAAGGCGGAGAUGUGAACUUAGUUGAGAGAACAUGCACUUGCGGCAUGUUCCAAUUGUUGAAAAUUCCUUGUCCCCAUGCAUGUGCCGCAGCGCUUACUCAGAAUGUCAGUGUGUACGCUCUGUCAUCUCCCUAUUACACAAAGGAGACGUGGAAGAAUACUUACGAUGCAACAAUUAAUGUUGUGGGCGAGGAGGAUGAAUGGGUGCUUCCAGAACACAUGCAGAACAUGAGAAUCGGUGUACCAGUGGAGAAGAAACCUGUAGGUCGUCCAAGAAAGAGCAAUGCAGGAAGACUACGGACUAACCGAUUUCCAUCGAACGGUACCAAAGUCAAGGAACCACGCAAAUGUUCAAACUGUGGCGCAUUGGGACACAACAAAGCUACUUGCAAGGCCAGGGUUUGA